CGGCGGCGGCACCCGCGGAGCGCGGCGGGACCGGAGCGUGGUGGCGGCGGGAGCGGAGCGGGAUGGCGGCGGGGCCACCGGGGGCCGCCUGCCCGCCCGGCCAUGGGGCAGCCGGGGAGCGGCCGUGUGGCAGGUCCUGGGGCCGCUGAGGCGGAGCAGAACGGGACGGGACGGAGAAGCGGCCGGUGCCCCGCCGGCUCUGAGCCUGAGCCUGGGGGCUUGCUUCGGAGACGAUGGGGCUAGAGGAAGGCAACCAGCCCUCCCCGGGCAGGAGCCAUUCCGGUGCCCGAGUGCGGGGGGCUGCGACCGACGCGGUGGAGCCGGGUGCUGGCGGAAAAAAAAGAUGCCCAGGAUACUGGAAACCUGCUGCUGCUUGCCAGGGAGAUGCCGGUGGGAGCUGCCCCGGGACCGCAGGGACUGGGGAAAAUGCUCUGUGAAGUACUCAAGCACAUACUUGACUGUUGGGCAUAUAUAAAUCAACAGGAGAGGUCUCAUAAGCCCCGUGCUGCAGCGCAGGGCCCCACUGCCACCGGCUCAUCUGCCGGAGCUCCGGACCGAGGCGAGGAGCGGGUGACCCGUCGGAUGGUGUUUGCUCACCUCGAAUGCUGCGUGCGGUUCCCAGGACAGUGCCGGUGCCAGCAACCUCCGGGAGAGAGGGCUCCCCGGCUUCGAGACUCAAUUCCAUUCCCUAAAUACGGAUAUUUUUUCUUUUUUGGUAGGAAACAAAGCUCCGGGUUUAAAGCACCGAGCUCCAGAGCAGCGGCUCUCAGCACAGUGAUGUUCCCCCUGUCCUGCCCCACCUUUGGGGCACCCCCAUGUCCGAGGAAGCCGGGCAGGGGCAGGGCUGUCCCGGAGGGUCGCCGCGGGGUGAGAGAAUGAAGAAGCCGGCCGGACAGCAGCAGGAUGGGGCGGCAGGACCUCCCGCGCGCUGACGGGCCCUCGCCGAUGGUCCCGUGGCCGCUGGCCCUCCUGGCCCUGAGCACGUGCUGCCGCUGGGGGCUGGCCAGCGGGGCGGGCGGCACAGUGGCCCAGCAGCAUGCUGCCCCCGCCACCCCUUCCUCCUCCUCCUUGUCCUCCUCUUCCUCUGGCCGAGCACCCCUCGACUGGCUCCUCACUGACCGGGGACCCUUCUACCGAGCCCAGGAGUACGUGGAUUUUGUGGAGCGCUACCGGCAGGGUUUCACCACCAGGUACAGGAUCUACAGAGAGUUUGCUCGCUGGAAGGUGAAUAAUUUGGCCUUGGAGAGGAAAGACUUCUUCAGCCUGCCCCUUCCCCUGGCCCCCGAAUUCAUCCGCAACAUCCGUCUGCUGGGACGCCGGCCCAGCCCCCAGCAGAUCACCGACAGCCUCAUCAAAAAAUAUGGGACCCACUUCUUGCUGGCUGCCACGCUGGGAGGAGAAGAGUCCCUGACCAUUUUUGUGGACAAGCGCAAGCUGAGCCGGAGGGCAGAGCCGGCCGGGGGAGCCGGGAACAGCUCGGGGGUCUCGCUGGAGACCCUGCAUCAGCUGGCAGCCUCCUACUUCAUCGACCGGGAGAGCACCCUGCGCCGGCUCCACCACAUCCAGAUCGCCACGGCCGCCAUCAAGGUGACCGAAACACGGACGGGGCCACUCGGUUGCAGCAACUACGACAACCUGGACUCAGUGAGCUCCGUGCUGGUGCAGAGCCCUGAGAACAAAGUGCAGCUCCAAGGGCUGCAGACGGUGCUCCCCUCCUACCUGCGGGAGAGGUUCGUGGCGGCCGCCCUCAGCUACAUUGCCUGCGGCUCGGCCGGGGAGCUGGUGUGCCACCGCAGUGACUGCCGCUGCCGCUGCCAGCCCGCCUUCCCCCGCUGCAACUGCCCCGAGCCCGACGUCCAGGCGCUGGAGAACAGCCUGGCCCAGCUCUGGAGAGCCUGGGAGAGCCACCACAAUCAGUUCGAGGAGUCAGAGGAGUUUCAGGCCCUGGUGAAGAGGCUCCCUGGGGACCGUUUCCUGAACAGGACGGCCAUCUCCCACUUCUGGGCCAUGGACCUGGACAUCCAGCAUCGCUACCAGCAGCUGGGCACCAGCCUGAAGCUACUCUCCAGGAAAACCCACCGACUCAUCCGGCGGCUCUUCAACCUCAGCAAACGCUGCCACCGGCAACCUCGCUUCAAACUGCCGAAGGAGAGGUCCCUCCCUUACUGGUGGAGCCGCGCACAGUCUCUCCUGUAUUGCAGCGAGGCCACCGUGCCUGGGACCUUCCUGGAAGAAAGCCACAGUUGCACGUGUCCCUCCGACCAGCCCUCCUGCCAGGGCCCCAUCCCGUGUGCCUUGGGCGAGGGAGCAGCCUGUGCCAGCUGUGCUGAGGACAACAGCACCCGCUGCGGGACCUGCAACCACGGCUACGUCCUCACCCAGGGCUUCUGCCGGCCUGAGGUGGCCGACUCACUGGAGCACUACCUGGGGUUGGAGACGGACCUGCAGGACCUGGAGCUCAAGUACCUCCUGCAGAAACGAGACAGCCGCAUCGAGGUGCACUCCAUCUUCAUCAGCAAUGACAUGCGCCUGGGGAGCUGGUUUGACCCUUCCUGGAGGAAACGCAUGCUCUUGACCUUGAAGAGCAACAAGUACAAGCCUGGGCUGGUUCACGUGAUGUUGGCCCUCUCCCUGCAGAUCUGCCUCACCAAGAACAGCACGCUGGAGCCUGUCAUGGCCAUCUACGUCAACCCCUUCGGGGGAAGCCACUCAGAGAGUUGGUUCAUGCCCGUCAACGAGGGCAGCUUCCCAGACUGGGAAAGGACUAAUGUAGAUGCCUCUGCCCAGUGCCAAAACUGGACGCUCACCUUGGGUAACAAGUAUAAGACCUUCUUUGAAACAGUCCAUGUCUACUUGCGGAGCCGCAUCAAGUCUCUGGAUGACAGUUCCAAUGAGACAAUCUACUAUGAACCCUUGGAGAUGUCAGAUCCCUCCAAGAACCUGGGUUACAUGAAGAUCAACAGCUUGCAAGUCUUUGGCUACAGCCUGCCCUUCGAACCAGAUGCUAUUCGUGACCUGAUCCUUCAGCUGGACUAUCCCUACACCCAGGGCUCCCAGGACUCGGCCAUGCUCCAGCUCUUGGAGAUCAGGGACCGGGUCAACAGGUUGUCACCCCCUGGCAAAACCCGCCUCGACCUCUUCACUUGCUUGCUCCGCCACAGGCUCAAGUUGGCCAACAACGAGGUGGCAAGGAUCCAGUCCUCCUUGAGAGCCUUCAACGCCAAGCUGCCCAAUGCGGUAGAGCAGGAGACGGGCAAGCUGUGCAGCUAACGGCCGGGGCUGCUCAGGUCUUGGAGCGAGGGGGCCAGGACAAAGGACUCCCCGGGGAGAGAGGGGGGAAAUAACGACCCUAAAAAUAUUAAAUCAAGGCCUUACCUUAGUGCCAACCGUGUGCUUCCAUGGUACACCCAGCAACCGGCCAAAGAGAUGCAGGGCUCGGGGGGAUGGAGGAUGCGGUACCACAGCGAAGGGAUGGCUUGUGCGGUGCAGACCGGCUCCAAGCGCAGGCACGAUGCCACCACGGCUUUUGCUUGAGCUCCAGUGGCUUGGAGCUUGAGCUCCAGUGCCGAUGGCUGAGGAUGGAUGUGGCAGCUGCUGGCCACAUUGCAGCAGAUGCUCAACCCACCAUGAGGUUCCUCCAGGGGUGGUCUCCUCAGCACCCCAACUUUUGUAGUCUUUUUAAGAGGUUUCUACCGGCGCCUUCGCUUUCGUAUCCCCUGCGAUCCUUCCUGCACAUGGCACCGGGGGGUCCCUGGGACCCUGCAGAUCUCCUCUGGGGCCUCUCCAUGAGCAUCUGGCAUCUGCUGCGGUACGAGGCAUCAUCACCCAUCACAUGGGAAGGACUUGGCACCUGCCCCAUGGCAGCUGCCAUCACAGACACUGGCAGAGAGCUCUGGGCUGCAACUCCUUACAAAAGAAAAGAAACCUAGAACAAAAGAAAGAAAGAAAGAAAGAAGAAGGAAAAAAAAAAGUUUUAUUUAUGUAUUUAUUUAUCUGUUUUGUUUGGGAGGGGUUUUUUUAAGCCUAUUUAUUUGGGGAGUGUCAUUUCUUGUUGGUGGCUCCAGCCAAGAGACAUCUUAGUAAAAUGUAUCUGUUUAAUAUAUUUUUUAAAAAAUGCCUUUUUUGAGCAAAAGAGCAACCAAAACCAACCGAGAUUAAAAACAACAAAAAAAAAGAAAAAAGAA